AAUCAUUCAACUAUCUCUUCACACAAAACGUCAAAAUGUCCACACGUUCACGAUUCUAAAUAACAUUGUCAAAUGCAAGUGGAACGACGACUAAACGUAUUGAGCCAGCGUGACUAUGAGGACGGCACAAACGGCAAAGUAAACAAAAUGAUGGAGACGCGUUACUACGAGGGUUGUGGACGAGAAGGGCCUAUCAGAUGCAUAUUCCUGGGCGAGUUCCACCCCGUGGCAGGCCCCAAGAUUUCCUGUCAGUUUCCCGAAGACUACAUAUCAAAGGAGGUGUUUGAUUCAAUCAGUGCUUACAUCAUUCCAAAACCACAAAUCCAAAAAUGUACUAUGACCAUAAAUGCCCUCGGUCAUAAGAUCGUGGGCUACCCGAUUCGGAUUGACAAUCCUCGCUACGAGAGGAAUGUCUACUUGUUCAACCUGUGCUUCGUGUGUGACAGCUGGUCCAAGACGGUGCAGUAUGAGCCAGUUGUCAAGAAACUCGGAGAACAUUUGACAAUCAUGGAAGAGGAGACGCGUUUUGUGUCGAGCGGGUCGAGUAAGCUGCCCACUCUACUAGCGCAUCUCCUCCACGACCUAAACACGCAUCGGAAAGCCACUCUUGUCGAGGGCGACACGGUGAUGCACUUGAAAGUUCUGGAAGUCCGCAAGGACCCGCCGCCGGUAUUCGAUCACCACGUUCCAGUACUCGUUGCAUCAGUGGGUCUCCCCCGACCUGGCCGUCCGAGGCGUACCGCUCCCCCCGAAGGCUCGGAAACCAUACAGAGCCAGGAACACCUAGACAUUGACGAUGAAGAGCCCUUUGAGAUCGAUAUGGAAGCAGACUGGGAUUUAACAACUAGACAGCUACUUCCAUACAUUGAUGGCUACAACCACGUGUCUAAGAUCGCCGCCGACACCAACGUGGAGAAGACUCUCGUCAAGUCCUGCAUUCAGAACCUUGUUUACUAUGGCGUGGUAACGCUGCUCCCGAUAAUGAAGUUCAGCAAUAUGUACCGAGCCACGCCCAACCUUAGCCGCCUAUUCAGUGAUCCCGAACUACAGAAAUCCUGCUUAGCGUUCAUCACCAAAGGAAUUGACUCCAAGGAUAAGCCGACCAUUUCCGAGGUGUUGGAAAUUCUGUGCGCCCUCCAACAAGGCACCACCUUGCGGACGGUGUACGAGCGAUUCGCCACUGCGCCCGCGCCGACCUUCGACCUGCGUCGGCUGGUCGUCUACGCACAGUUGCACGGCCUCGUCAAGUGCCUUAAAAAAUACCCAGUAUUCCUGCGCAGCCCACCCCGGCCGAACGGCUUCAACAACCGCGUGGAUCCUAUCCUCGGUAUCCGCCGCCUGUUCACCGGCCGUCACUGCGCGGACGAGAUAUGCUGCAUCGCGCGCAUCGACCUACCCACACUCGACCAAAUCAUUGAAGACGAUCCCAAUGUUACCGUCAUCUGGAGGUAGAGUGUCGUAAGUCGCGGUUACGUGUUGUAUUGGUUGCAUAACGUUUGACGGCUUGGCGGGCACUAUUCGAUACUUUUUUUUUUUUCAAAUAUCUUUAGGUAGAUAAUUAGGAGAACAUUUUUAUGUACUUUUUGGUCGUAAUAUUUUAUGUAUUUUUUUUUGUCAAAAAUGUGUAUACGUCAUGAAACAACAAAAGCUUUGUCGCAUCCGAGGUAGCUGCAACCAAACUUGAUGGUGGAACAACCCAGUUCGGUCAUUUUGAUACCUCUGACCUCCUGAGCUCAGUUUCCUGGGCAACAGGUUACACCUCUGCAAGACUGGUUGUCAGACUUUCUUUCUACCCGUAACCGGCCAAUGGUCUACAAAUAAUAGCCGGGACCCACAAUUGUGCGUGUCUUCCGAUCAUUACAAAAAAACAAAAUUCUUUUCUAAAUUCAAAUCAUAAAUAAACUCUUUUGCAAAAAAAGCGGGCACCUGUGCGAAAUCUUAGUUUUAAGGACUUUACGUGUAUUUCAAAGGGUUUUGAUGAUUGUAGUAUGUUUCUACCGUCAAAAGAGUUAGCCAAGCAUGCGUGAGAGUGUAUUCUAAAUUUGAAUUUUGUACAAUUGCUAAGAAAUUGCUUAAACCUUGUUUUGGACUAAUUGCUGACAGAAAGUUCGUCGGUGUUUCGAAAAGUUUUUGAAGUGAUUUUCAGGAAAAUGAUAAUGCAGUUUUAAUUAAUGAUUAAUGUACUUUUUUGUUACAUCAAAACAUUUUUGAAAAACUAUGCGUAUUUGUUAAAAUUUUCACCUGCUCUAAAUGGGCUACACUGAUGGUUGAUGGCAAUGUUAAGAGUUUCGGUAUUUUAGUGUAAAGCGUUCUAUUGUUUGGAUAUUGUACCCACGUGUUUUAAAAAAUCGCUUUUUCAUAAUUAAACUCUAUUUAUAAGAGUAUCAGUACCUUUGGCUGCGACAAAACCAAUUUAAAGUAAGCAGUGCCGAUCACAACUCGUCUCCUAUCGGACUUUGACAUUUUUAAAAGUCUUGAAAUUCUACAAAAUACAGAAAAUAGCGCAUAGACUGUGAGCACGAGGUCUUAAGGUCUCGUAAUCACUGAUUUUUAAACAACCUCGUCUCUUGGGAAACUCCGUAGACCACUGAAGAUCUAUGAGUCUGAGCGUUCAAAUAGCGUGUUUUCAUCCCAUGGACAUUUUAUUAAAUAAACUUGCCUACAAUGAGAUUUUCUGGCAUUUACAGCACUUUCCUGCUUAAAUCAUAACAAUAAUUGGCUAUCUGCUCAUUUUUUAAGAAACAUACGUUUGGCCAAUAAUUUUGAAUUCUUGACUCCCUUUCAGCUAAAUCGUCGUUUAGUAACCCGAUACCUAUGGAGUUAUCGAGACCUUCAACGCGGCAAUAAUUUGACUUUUCAGAUAGCUUUAACCCUCCUCAUCAUUUUUCAUGUGGUUAAUUUUAACAUUUAUCACAAAAUUUGGUAUUUUUUAAAUGUCAAAGUCCGAUAGGAGACGAGUUGUGAUCGGCACUGCUUACUUUAAAUUGGUUUUGUCGCAGCCAAAGGUACUGAAUAAAUAGUGUUUAAUUAUGAAAAAGCGAUAUUUUAAAACACGUGGGUACAAUAUCCAAACAAUAGAACGCUUUACACUAAAAUACCGAAACUCUUAACAUUGCCAUCAACCAUCAGUAUAGCUCAUUUAGAGCAGGUGAAAAUUUUAACAAAUACGCAUAGUUUUUCAAAAAUGUUUUGAUGUAACAAAAAAGUACAUUAAUCAUUAAUUAAAACUGCAUUAUCAUUUUCCUGAAAAUCACUUCAAAAACUUUUCGAAACACCGACGAACUUUCUGUCAGCAAUUAGUCCAAAACAAGGUUUAAGCAAUUUCUUAGCAAUUGUACAAAAUUCAAAUUUAGAAUACACUCUCACGCAUGCUCGGCUAACUCUUUUGACGGUAGAAACAUACUACAAUCAUCAAAACCCUUUGAAAUACACGUAAAGUCCUUAAAACUAAGAUUUCGGAAAGGUGCCCGUUUUUUUUGCAAAAGAGUGUAGAAGGAUGCCGGUAUCCCAAGCAAUCGUUUAUCACCGCCAAACUGUUACGCCCCUGAACGCAGGGCGAACUAGACUUUUGUCAUUUGUGACGUCAUAUCAUCAGACUCCACGCCCAGUGAGCAGGGAGAUAUCACUGUCAGAUUCCACUGUCUUUUGGCAGACAAGUGUACCAUAUAUGAUCAACGUAAGGUUGGAGAAACAUAGUGGAGUAUGGCCGAGAUAUCUACCAAAGACGGCUGCAACCGAACUUCGUGUGACCUGUAAAUAGUUAGUGUUAGUGUGUUACUUAUUUAUCGUAGUUUUAGUACGCUUGAAGUUAUUCCGUGGAUUUUAUGAUAUGUUAUUAGGCUCAACCGUGUGCCCUAGUUUAACUUAGAAUUCGUUGUACAGUUCAUUUGAAAUUCUGGCAUUCACGUGCUUUUACACAGCGAUUUGAAAUGUGACCACUGAUGUCUGUAAUAUAUAACGACUAUAGACGCGAACUAUCGGCUCUUGACACAGGAUAGACGGAGACCGGUCUUAUGCGCGAAAAUCAAUCGAUCAUCGGUAUUCAACAACUAAAUAUACCAUGUUUCUCUCAUAACAACUGAACAACUAAAUACCGGUAUUUAAAGCAUUAAUUCCACCUUAUUUUUCACCCCUUACCGCCACUCAAGGCCAGGAACAGCUGUGUUGAUACUGGUGUGACCUGGUAUUCCUGUGUCCAAUCUGUGUCAAGUUCGGUACACCGCGAUAUAAGUCGGCAGUCGCCACAAUUCCCUUCGCUGACCACCCAGAUUGUUAAUUAACACAAUAAUAUUAUGCAUAUGUUAAGAAUUGUCUUUGCAAAAUAUUGAUAUGUUAUGUGACUGAUCCAUAGUUACACUGCCAUUGCGGGCAUUUAAUUGUUUUGAAACAUAUCGAAAGUUACAAGGGCAAUAAGUCUUGCGUUUCAAUAGAUCGAGGAUUUUAAUGUUCAUGUGACUUUUGUUCCAAACCUUUGCUUAUAGAAAAAUAGAUAUUUAUUAUAUCUAGGUUAGGUUAGGCUAGGUGUACGGUGUGGCGGAGAUACCCGUAUAUACCUAUAUCGAUUGCACUCACAAACAGAGAUUUAUUAGUGUUAGCAGAUUAUAUUAGUUUUAUCUCAGAGCUAUAUAUGAAUUAGUUAGUUAUGAGUGUGUAAACACCAAUAGUAUAUGCAUGUUUCAGUUACUUACGUUUAGCUGUUAUUUAUUUUUACUAGAAGAGUUUAUUAUAGCUGUUAUAUUAUGUAUAUAACCCCAAAUAUAUGUAGUAAUAGAUAGUAGGUGAAAUUCAAACUAAUGAUAUCACUAUCUGAGAACCGUAAAUCAUUGUCUGGCAAGUUCAAAAUUAUAUAAAAAGUUACCCUUUUGAAUCAUUCAUUUUUGUCAAACCAUACCAAUCUCUAUUUUUUAAGUCAUAAAAAUGCAGUUUUGGUGAAAUCGAUAGGUAUAGUGACUACAUUAGUUUGAAAACAAUAUGUAUUAUACAGUAUUUUCAUUAUUAUAGUAUAGUAUCAAUACAUUUCAGGACAUGUAUCAUAUAUAGAAAUUCAAAAACAUAGUAUGUAUAAGAAAAACUGAAAACCAUCCAAAAAUUUACGUCCCGAGGUACGCUUAAUCAGCUUGAACCAUAUUCCACCCAAACUACUCGACCAUAUUACAACUACAUCGAAACUACACAAACACCAAUAAAACAAGUUUAGUAAAACAUUUAAUAAUCAUAUUAUAUUGUAUAAAUAUCGUAGAAAUUAGACUAGGUUCUAAGUACGCAUUUUUUAACCAAACUGUUUGUCCGAACAUAUGCCAUCUCCCGAGCCCCUUCCCAUCUGUUCUGGGUUCGGUUUUUAGUCUAAACGGAUGCACAUUACCUAUUUCUCCGAACAUAGUGUGGUUAAAAAACGUGUAUUUUAGUGACUAGGGUCUGUGCUAGCGCAGAUAUAGCGAAGAUCAAUUCUCUCUGCGCUGGGCUCCGCCAUAUGUGCGCCGGCCGAAACUGUACAUUUUUUACUGCGCGCAUCAACUCUUAUGAAUUAACUAUAAGUGCAGCCAUUUCGGUUUGAACCUCCGGGACUAAUUUGUACAUUCACCCCGGGGUCGUUUAGCAUAGCACGAGUGCUUCGAUGUAGGUAAAUAAGAGUAUAUCCGCCACGAUCGCACAAACGAGUCUGUGUUGCAUACAGUUUUAGGAACCAGUUGUGUUCCAUCCAUCUUCAAUUGAAAUUACCUCAAAAACCCAACGAAAAUGUAACAUUUUACAUUUAUUUUUAGUCUGUCGGAGAAAAUAAACUACAAAAAUGUGGACCAAUUCAGCAAAAUAGAUUUUUUUAGCUAAAUUAUCUCAAACUGGCCAUCUUUCAACAUCUUAUUUAAACAUAGUUCGUCACUGCCAUUCUCCGUCCUUUUAUUUUUGCUAAAAUUAGCAUUCGUCAUAUUUUACCUGAAGCUGUAUGUGGCACGGAUGUUCUAUUUAUUUUCCGGUAUUACAAAAGUUUCAAUAUUAAAUUAUGUACUUAAAAAGCUUUUAGUUUACUAUCAAUUAGUAUUACAAACCAUUGUGUAUUAGAUUCUUGAGCAAAAAUCUCGACAAGUUGUAUUGUUUACAGGUUAUUUUAGUUUUUAACAUUCUUUAUUUUUGGAGGAUUGCGAUGGUUAUUUUUUAGGAGUGUAGAAUGAUGGUGAAAUUUUCGUGUGCUCUGACAUGUGUCGCGAUAUUGGCGAGUGGUUGGCGGCGGCCCUCAAAAAUAUCGACUAUACACUGCAUGUUAGAGGCCACGGAACAUUCGGUAUGAAACUAAAUAAAACCCCGUCGUCUCGACGGCAAUUCUUCGCGUGAGAAGGAAUAAGCGGAUUGCGAUUUGGACACCCUGUGUCCCACAUGUAAUCCCUACUGACAAGAGUCAAUAAAAACGUCAAAAUGCUAGAAAUUAAGUGAUUAAAAUUAACACAUUAUGUGAAAUGUCCGCCUCUUUAUAAAAUUAGGAACGUGUUUAACUUCACAUAACCAACAUUAAAUAAAAAUAAAAAAACUGCGUAAAAAGUAAUGCAUAUCUGUGAGCAUUCACGAUUCUGCCACUUAAUACAAGACUCAGAAACAAACGAUGCGAGUAAGAUGUUACGGCAUCUAAUAUCCUUUGAAUGAAGAAGUAAAAUGCGUCAAAUUCCUCUCUCUUCCUCAGGCAGGAAACCACUAGGCUAGUAUUUUAAUCUUAAGUAACGAGCAUGUCUCGUCGAGCGUCAAUGUUCUACAACGGAACAUUGAAAUGCCUCCCUGUCUCCUUCUUAGGCAUACUCAUCUUUGAAGUAGUUUUAAUAAUAAUAAUAUCAAACCAAUAUUUGUGAGAAAGUCAAGGGUGUGUUAAGCACACCCUCAUUUUGUCUCUAGGUUUAAGUUAGGUAAGGUCAAUGAUCAACCAGGCAUAAAUGCAGCCUCCGGGCUGCUACUGAACAAGUCUAAGGGUGCGUCCACAUCUGGCGAAUGCGCAGCACGCGAGCCGAUCGCGAGCUGUCCGCGAGCUGCGCGCGUGCAGUCACUGCAAUAGUUCGGUGCGCCUCUUUAGCGCAACUCACGCAAGGCUCGUAUAGAGCGCGCGAUCUGCGCGCAAUCAGUUCUCGCCCUUACAGUUCCGUAUAUUGGCUCAGUACUAUCGAAGAUGGCAGACGUCGCGCGCCGCCUGCGCGCCGCUCGCGUGCGGCGCACAUACGGGUAUUUCAUCAAUCUAGGCGGCCAAAAAUAUUUGUGUGGCUUUUCUUGUUUUAAAUGAUGGAAAUAAUAUAUGUGUAAUAUAUACGGGCAAUAACUUUUAUAAUUUCAUAAAAAAAAGCAAUAAAACACAAAUUAAAAAAAAAAAAACUGAAAAUAGGCUAUAUAUUUACAUACUCUUACGUACACUUAUCUACAUUAGACUAUAUAUUGACAUAAACUUACAUACGCUUAUAUAUACAACCAUUACUAUUUACAUAUUCAUACAUUACUUAAUUAAUUUACCAAUAACAAUACAAUUUUUUCAAAUUAAUUCAACUCCUCGUUCUAACUUUCUGAUUCUGUUGGGUUUGGUGUAUACCAGACAGAAGCAUGAUUAAUGUUUCAGGCAGAAACGAAUACAUCUUCUUUUCUUUAUUAUCCUUGAGGCACUAAGAAAUGGACCUGAGCUUAAAAGAAGCCUAUUUAAAAUAUGUCUAUUACAGAACUCUAGAGAAUUUCCUUCAGUAAUCCUGUCUGUACGUCCUAAAAUGUUUGUUCCGUGCCUCUGCUGCUUCCUCAGACUGUUGUCCUGUAGGUAACAAUGCAUUUUAUUAUAUCUGACCCGUGUACAAGUACUUUGUGCAGUGUGGGUGUCAUUGGGUGCCAUGGGUAGAGUUUUAUGUAUAAACAAGCAGUUUCUUCAGCAUAUUUUUCAUAUUUUCAACUUAAUUACAUCAAUAUUAUCCCUUCCGUUCCGAUCUCUUCCGUUUUUCUUCUUUUGGUUCUUUCGCUUGAUUCCUCAAAAGAUUUACAAGGGCGACCUGGACGAUUUGCCGUUGUGACUGGAAUUUCGAAUGUACCUUCCGGCCAAAGAACGUUGUUUUUCAAGAAAAAAACAUCUUUUUUUUGUGAGAUUUAAUCCACCUUUGUUGUUAUUUCCGAUUUAAAAUGAACAAAAUUGAUUUUCAGUGUUUUUAACUGAUCUUCAUUAUUAAGAAGGUGGUCUCUCAGAAAACAUAGUUUUUCUUCAAAAUUGAGUAAAUUUUCAUUUUUCAUAAUAUUAAAGAGAGGUUUACGAGUCACUAUUCUCACUCCGGAAGUACACACUUAUAUCUGGAACAAGUAAAUAUUACUUUUAGACAUUAAGAUUUUUUUUCAAAAAUUUUGCUUUUGUUGACCGUGAAAUUCAAUGUUCUAGGGUUUUGCGCAUCCGCGGUAUUCCGCGGCAAAUUUUUUUAGUAUUCGUUACUUGAGGGUCUAUAGUUUACAUAUAAAUUACAAAAGUUGCUGGAUCUACCAGGAUACUAAAACAAAUAGCCUCGUAAACAUAAAUUUCUUUUAAAAAGUAUCAUAAUUUCAGACGUGAUUUCUCGACCUCUAAAAGUACUUUAAAAUAACACAAAUUUUAAUAAAUUUAUUACAAGUAGAUCAUCACAUACCUGUUCUUUCCGAAUCCAUUGCUACUUUUCACUAGGUAAACACAGAAAACUUCAGUUUAACACACAAAGUUAACGAUUUUGUAAAUAGCCGACAACGGACACAUGCACAAGAAUCAAUGAUCAACUUUCGACUGAUUUUUCCGGAAAACGCGCAACGGAAAAAGGGUGGGGGUGGCAGUUUAUUGUUUCCUGGAAUGUCCCCUGCCUCAGGUGAUCAAUGAAAUUUGCGUUCCUAGAAUUUUGUUAUUUUGACUUUUGGCCGCCUAGAUUGAUGAAAUACCCGUAUGUGCGGCGCUUAGGUCGCGCGCGAGCUGCGCGCGGGCCAAGCAGAAGCGGCGCAUGAACAAAAAUGCACGCGCGCAGCUCGCGGACAGCUCGCGAUCGGCUCGCGUGCUGCGCAUUCGCCAGAUGUGGACGCACCCUAACAGCUCGGGUAGUCUGUAGUUCCGACUCCGUACCCCGAGCUGCGCAGUACCACUUGCGACCACUAGGUUUAAGGCAGUAAAUGUAUUUUCAUACGUGACAUUAAGGUGCACGAAUUUUCGGAUCGUUUGUCCAUUAGUAUAUUAAGGCAAUCGAGCUAAUUAAUCAUAGUUAUUAAUGUAGUGUGAUAUACACGGAACUUGAGUUUCCUAUUGUGUCUAUCAAUCCUAAACUAUUAAUGUGUGGAAUUUCUCGAUUUUUCGCUAUCUAAGUAGUGAGAAAAUAGAGCUGUGAAAAUUUAAGGGUAUUGUAUAAUCGACUCGAAAAUCAUAUCGAUUCAGCUAAAUUAUGAAUUUAUUGAAUGUCGAUUUCUCCGUGAUAUGUCAAAAGAAAAGUAAGACUUUUCAAAAAGAAAAUAUUUUUUAUGGUUGUAUUAAUAAUAUUUUGUUUCUAAUCGUAAUUUAUGCUUAGUGAAAAUUAUGUAGUUUGUCGUUUUCGCAAAUGGUUUUCGAGUGGAUCGUGAAAAUUGUGUGAAAAUUCAGCGGUAGAAUAGAAACAUGUUGUGAACAGUCUUUACAUCGGCUUUGGAUGAGAUAAAUCAGAACAAAAUCAAAUAAAAUUCACCUUGAAAAUUAUUAUAUCAUUUAGGAUAUGAAACACAGACAAAAUUUAAGGUAAUCGAAACUUAAAGUUAUUCUUCUUGUUAAGAAUAAAAAAUGAAAGAAUCAAUUGUUUUGCGGACUACAUUUUGAUCAGUAUUAACAAUUCGACGAAGCUGUAAUAAGCAAUCUCUAUCAUUAUGAGCUAGUCUGUUGCUUAAAAAAUAUUUAGAUCCUUGUAGUAAUUCACAAUCGGGAAUUCAUGGAGAAAGUGUUUCUAUUCUAAUAAACUUAAACAGUAUUAUAUGCUUAGUAUGUAAGUUGGUGUUGUAUGCUGUGUACUUAUGAUAUUCUAGUAUUUAUUACCUAAUAAAAUCGUGUCAUGGUCAAUCGACAUUUACGGAUGCAGGUUUUAGUAUUAAAUAAGUAUUUAGAUGUAACACGGCGCAUGCGUUGAAGGUUGCAUAUUGAAAUAAUCGGAUUAUAAUGUCAAUGGAUAAUUAAUAGCAUAGUUCUAAAAUUUCUGUCGCAUUAUAUACAUAUCUAUACUCUAUCCACGGAAGCAAGAGCUAAAAGAUAAACAAAGAAUGACACUUUUUCAAGAUGGCGGUAUAACCUGACUGAUGACAAAACGUCACAUUUUUGUGUAAAAUGUUCGCAGUAUCUGUGAUUUUGUCAUCGGUCGGGUUAUACCGCCAUCUUGAAAAAGUGUCAUUCUUUGUUUACCUUUUAGCUCUUGCUUCCGUGGAUAAAGUACAGGCAUUUAUGCCGUGUCUUGACUUAUUAUUCUUGUAUUCUUGGAAGUAGUAAUGCUCAAUAAAACUAACUGCACCUAGUAUUAUUGAACAGAGCUGUUUAAAAAGCUAAUGAAGUAAGAUAUCAAUAUGAGCACUUUUCUUGUAUGAACUGUGUCUCUCGAGCUUAAAAACCCACCGUUUCGACAUUUGUAUAAAUUAUAAAGGUAGCUCAGUAGUAUAAUGUACUUUGUACCUGUGCUCUGAAUUCAAUACUUGUAGUCGUCUCCUAACUUAUGUCGUGUCAUACAAACAAAUGUGCAUCUUCAACGCAUGCUUCGUUCACACACGCUUUUACGUAUUACGGUGAACUGUUUAACUUGUUUCGUAAACUUAAUUUCGGGAUUCACGCCUUCGAGGCAGUGCUGACUUUAAAAGAAUUCACCAAAUCAUUGCAAUAGGUAUACCCAGUGAUUUAACUGUAUUCGUGUAGUUGUUAGUUUAUAUUCAGAUAAUUACUGCUUUUAUUUUAAACACCUACACAUUGUAUUUUAAUGUUGUACAUUUUUCUUUUUUAAUUUAUUCUAACUUUAACUUAAUAAUAAACGCACUAAAGUUCCUUUUAACAUGUUUAAUGUUUUCAUAAAUUAUUAUAUUUAUACAUCCUUAUUUAUAAGUAUUGUAAAUCAGGUAUAUUUCUAUAAGUACGCAAUUUAGGCAGUCACAUAAAUUAAAAAUAGUGCUAAAAUAUUUAAGACAUUGAACAACAUCAAAAAAUAUUCAAUUAUAAACCUAUUCUUAUUAUCCUGGAAAGACUUUAAGAAAUACUGUUAAAGUUCUAAAUCCCAAGCAUUUCAUCAGGCUUGAAUUCAAUAUCUGAAAAGUUUCUUGUAGAUAAUUCCUGGCCUACAAAUGAAGAGUGAUACAUAUUUAGCACUAUGUAUGCGAUCUAUUUCCAAGUGUAACUCUCUACUCAGUACGUGCUGCGUACAAGUGUGUGAAUAAGUAAGUUAUAAUGCCGCCUGGUACGGGUUUUCAACCAACAUAAGACAGCAGUUGUUUUGGUCGAUACACUAAGCAACCACUGUCUUACGUUGGUUACAAAUCUUGCGGCGAGCGCCUAGUGUAAGGUCCACAUGUUUACAAAGCCUUCGCAGAUAGAUAUAUGGACUGAAUAGACAAUGUUAUUUUCUAAGGGUUAGGGCUUGUGUGAGUGGUAUACUUGUAUGAAAAUUAUCUGCGAAUCAUUUGUAAAUGUGUGGCGUCAUGCUCUUGUAAGAACGUGAACUUGUGUAAAUGAGCAAAUCUGAUAGUUCAAAAUAUUUGAUACAAAAUUGAGAAGAGACUCGAAGAGAGAGAGAUACGAAAUUAGGUUAAUUCUCUACGCAAUAAAAAUCCUUACAGUUUAUACAAGUUCAUGUGUUAUGGAGCCAUUUUUCCUAUAAUAAUCAUGUUAGAUGCGGUAAGACGUGGCUUCGGUAAUUAUUUACCUACUAGUGAUGUAAUUUUCAAAAUAUCAGUCCAUAAUAGAGAAAAAAAUUGGUAAAA